UUGCGGUACGAGAAGCAGUACCUCCGUAGCUACCACGCCGAUCUCGCCUGGCAGCGCGCUCGCGCAUCCGACCACGCAGCUCGCGCUCCACCGCCGGCACCGCUCGCGCCCCUGCCGCCGCCUCCAGAUAGGCACGCGCCUUCGCCACUCGUCUUCCAGUUCCCAAGCGAUUAGUUCGCGGGUCGCUGCAUCUCUUGUUCCGAAAAGCACAGAGAAUUUAUGCAGAAAAAUUUCUGUAAUUACAUAUAACUCCUUCGACGUCCUUCCCUUCCCACUUUCUUUGGAUUUGCCAGGGACUUGGUAGGAAUUAACGUAUUUGGAGGGUGCGGAUCGAAUAUUUUGAAAGCGGCGCCACGUGCAUUCGGCCUGCAGCCUUCGUCGUCGCCUUCCCCAUUCUCCUCUUUCUAAGCUAGGCUUGGGAUUAUGGGGUAUGUGAUACGGAGUCCUAGGGUUUAGGGCUUUAGGCCUCCCUCAUGGCGUCUGCAUCUCGAGUCAGGGUUGGCACUCUAGUACCCCUUGUCAAGGACAAUGCUGGCUCAUCAAAUGGAUCCGUAUCAAGCAUUCCCAUCUUCGAGGGGUCCAAUGUCAUCGGGAGGAACCAUUUGGUGGUCGUCGACAAGAGGGUCAGCCGCAAGCAUCUGAGCCUCCAUGCCUCUGCUGACGGCUCCAUUGAUGUCGUAGUGGAAGGACCAAAUCCUAUCGUUGUUCGAUCAGAGGGGCAGAGGAGGAAGGUUUGUGCUCAAGAGAAAGCCAAGAUUACACAUGAUGAUGUCCUGGAACUGAUUCCAGGUGAUUAUUUCGUGAAAUAUGUGGAUAUGGCUGAUGAACAUAGAAGGUCUGUACCAAUUGAUUUGAGUGGCUUAAAGAAGGGAAAGAGGCAUAGUGAGGAAGAUAGUGCAGCUGUCAAACGGAAUCGGCAGAUUAUGGAAGAUGAGGCUUUGGCAAGAACACUACAGGAGAGCAUUGCAGAAGAGAGCACAACUGUUUCUGACAUGGCUUCUGGUCAAACAUUAAGUCCGCUUGACAGUGCUGGCUCUUCCAAGAGAAGUAACGAGAGAAUUCACUCUGUUGGUCCUUUGAAAGAUGUACUCUCGUUAACUUUUCGCCUCAUGCGUGUCCAAGGUCUUCCAUCAUGGGCUAACACUUCCUCAGUUACUGUUCAGGAUGUCAUACAGGGUGAAGUGCUUCUUGCUGUACUCUCAGAUUAUAUGGUGGACAUUGACUGGUUGCUUACUGCUUGUCCAAGUUUGAGGAGAGUUCCGCAUGUCCUAGUCAUACAUGGAGAAGAUGGUGCUUCAUUGGAGCUUUUGAAGAAACUGAAGCCUGCAAACUGGAUCCUCCACAAACCCCCGCUCCCAAUUUCAUUUGGAACACAUCAUUCCAAGGCCAUGCUACUUGUAUAUCCUCAAGGGAUUCGUGUUGUUGUGCACACAGCGAAUAUGAUAUAUGUUGACUGGAAUAACAAAAGCCAGGGGCUGUGGAUGCAAGACUUUCCCUGGAAAGAUGCAAAGGAUAUCAAUAAAAAAAUUCCAUUUGAAAACGAUCUGGUUGAUUAUCUCAGUGCACUUAAGUGGCCUGAGUUCAGGGUAAACCUCCCCGUGGUUGGUGAUGUCAACAUCAAUGCAGCAUUCUUUAGGAAAUUUGAUUAUAGUAGCUCAAUGGUCAGGUUGAUUGGAUCAGUUCCUGGUUAUCAUGUGGGCCCCAAUAUUAAAAAGUGGGGCCAUAUGAAGCUUAGGAGCAUCCUUGAAGAAUGCAUGUUUGAAAAACAAUUUUGUAAGUCCCCUCUGAUUUAUCAGUUUUCUUCCUUGGGAUCACUUGAUGAGAAAUGGAUGAGUGAAUUUACAUACUCAUUGUCAGCUGGUAAAUCAGACGAUGGAUCCCCACUAGGUAUCGGGAAACCACUGAUUGUCUGGCCUACGGUGGAGGAUGUUAGGUGCUCGAUAGAGGGUUAUGCGGCUGGUAGUUGCAUUCCAAGCCCUCAAAAGAAUGUUGAGAAGGAUUUCUUGAGAAAAUAUUGGACCAGGUGGAAAGCAGACCAUGUGGGUCGUUGUCGUGCUAUGCCUCAUAUAAAAACUUUUACUCGUUACAAUGGUCAAAAUAUCGCAUGGUUUCUGCUUACCUCAUCAAAUUUAAGCAAAGCUGCUUGGGGUGCGCUGCAGAAGAACAAUACACAGCUCAUGAUACGCUCAUACGAGUUAGGUGUAUUGUUCCUGCCCCAAACUCUCCAGUGUGUACGACAAUUUUCAUGCACGGAGAAGAAUCGCUCAAACCUGGGCAGCCUCGUUGUGGGCGAGAAGAUCAAGACAAAGCUGGUCACGCUUUGCUGGAAAGGCGAUGAAGAGAAAGAACUAUCUACUGAAAUAGUCAGAUUGCCCGUGCCAUACCAACUCCCUCCACAACCUUACGGCUCAGAAGAUGUCCCUUGGUCAUGGGAUCGGAGGUACACAAAGAAAGAUGUGUACGGUUCAGUCUGGCCGCACCAUGGCUAGCUACGCUGUAUACUACUGAUGGUUCUGGACCCUGUUCCAGUGUCAAUGGCGAAAAAGCCAGUGGUUAUGGUACCGAGGCUAACUCAGUUGAUUUAGGAUGUGGAUGUACAUCUAGAUCAUCUAAGUUCGAGCCCUGUUGACUCUGAAUUUUGUUGUCUUUUUUAUUGACAAUAUCACUUAGUUACUCUAGAUUGGUCGAGUUUUUUUAUAAAGUCAGUAGGCCCGGAUUUGUCACGUCCCAGUUACCUGGCCACUCGACCGGCUACAAGGGAAAUCAUGAGCCAUGUAGCAUUGGAUAUUUUCAACUUAUCGAAGCAAUGGGCAUUUUUCAUCUUA